UUUUUUUUUAAUGGAGAUGCUUUUCAUUUUUUCUGUAUUGAAUAGUUCAAAUAGCAUAAGAAUUACUUUGAAGGUUUGAGAGAGCUGGCUCAUGAAACCUCAUAGAUUAGGGACCUCCCGUGGGAGUAGUUUUUGACCACUUUGUUGCUUCAGUGAACGUUGGCAGGAAUGAUUUUCAAAAAUUUACCAACUAUGAACAGAUAUUUGCACACCCAUGUUCAUUGCAGCACUGUUUACAAUAGCAAAAGAUGGAAGCAACCAAGGUGCCAUCAGUGGAUGAAUGGAUAAAUUAUGGUAUAUUCACACAAUGGAAUACUACGCAUCAAUAAAAAACAAUGAUGAAUCCGUGAAAAAAUUUCGUAACAUGGAGGAAUCUGGAAGGCAUUAUGCUGAGUGAAAUUAGUCAGUUGCAAAAGGACAAAUAUUAUAUGAGACCACUAUUAUAAGAGCUCAAGAAAUAAUUUAAACAGAGAAGAAAGUAUUCUUUGAUGGUUACAAGAGUGGGGAGGGAGGGAAGGAGAGGGAUAUUCACUAAUUAGUAGACAAAAACUAUUCUAGGUGAAGGGUAAGACAACACACAGGAGAGGUCAGCACAACUGAACUAAACCAAAAGCAAAAAGUUUCCUGAAUAAACCAAAUGCUUCGAAGGCCAGUGUAGGAGGGAUGGGGGCUUGGGGACCAUGGUUUCAGGGGAUAUCUGGGUCAAUUGGCAUAAUAAAAUCUAUUAAGAAGACAUUUUGCAUCCCACUUUGGAGAGUGGUGUCUGGGGUCUUAAAAGCUAGCUAGUGGCCAUCUAAGAUGCAUCAAUUGGUCUCAACCCACCUGGACCAAAGGAAAAUGAAGAACACCAAAGACACAAGGGAAUUAUGAGCCCAAAAGACAGAAAGGGGCAUAUAAAGCAGAGACUACAUCAGUCUGAGAUCAGGAGAACUAAACAGUGCCCAGCUACAACCAAUGACUGCCCUGGCAGGGAACACAACAGAGAACCCCUGAAGGAGCAGGAGAGCAGUGGGAUGCAGACCUCAAAUUCUCAUAAAAAGACCAGACUUAAUGGUCAGACUGAGACUAGCAGAACCCCAGAGGUCAUGGUCCUCAGACCUUCUGUAGGCCCAAGACAGGAACCAUUCCCAAAGCCAACUCUUCAGAUAGGGAUUAGAGUGGACAAUGAGAUAGAAAAUGAUACUGGUGAGGAGUGAGCUUCUUGAAUGAAGUAGACACAUGAGACUAUGUGGGCAGCUCCUGUCUGGAGGGGAGAUGAGAAGGCAGAGGAGGACAGAGGCUGGCUGAAUGGACACGGAAAUAAGGGGUGGAGAGGAGGAGUGUGCUGUCUCAUCAGGGGAGAGCAACUAGGAGUAUGUAAUAAGGUGUAUAUAAAUUUUUGUAUGAGAGACUGACUUGAUUUGUAAACUUUCACUUAAAACACAAUAAAAAUUUAAAAAAGAAAAAAAACCAACUGGUGUGUCAGAGGCUAGACCAUCAAGGGUGUGUCCACAGCUUGGCCCAGUGGUUUUGUUUCUCCUCUGCCCCUCUACCACUCUCUCUACUGCUGGAUAAACUCCUGGAGUUGUUCAGAGGACUGAGAUAUGUGGCUCAUGGGUUGCUCAGGGCCUGUCCUGUUGACACAUCUCUGCUGUUCUGUGUGUGGGCGGCACCCCUAUCUGGCCAAAGUGCCAGUGCUAGUAGGAAGCGGGGCUGUUGGGGAGCUACAGUGUGACAGGUCAUUUUGCCGCUGUGUCAGUUUCGUUUCUCCCUUUGUCGUGGCAGCUCAGUGUUGGCGGGGGCACCAUCCCUGUUCUCUAAGUGAACAGUGGGAGUAAGUACCCUCCUGGGCCUGCAGCUCCACCUGGAUAUUGAAGCUGUCUUCUGAGUCCUUUUGCACAUGGCAGUUUGGAGAUUGUUUUCUCAUCUUUCAUCCUCACAUGAUAUAUGCAGUGCUCUAACCAGUGUUUCUCAAACUUUAACAUGCAAUAAAUUACCAGGGCAUUUGUCAAAAUGCAGAUUCUGAUUCAGCAGGUGGGGCCCAAGAUUCUGCAUUUCUAACAAUCUCAGGUGAUGCUGGUGCUGCCGGUCCAUGGACUUCACCUUGAGUAGCAAGGAGCCAGAGCUCUUGAGGUGCAUUCACCUAUACUAUGUCAUUGCACCUGGGAAAGGGGCUGUUUGCCAAACAGCUGAUCCGGAAGGGGGAGACCAUCUUCGUAGAACGGCCCCUGGUGGCUGCACAGUUUCUCUGGAAUGCACUUUAUCGUUAUCGAGCCUGUGACCACUGCCUUCGGGCACUGGAGAAGGCCGAGGAGAACGCCCAGAGGCUGACUGGAAAACCAGGCCAGGUUCUGCCUCAUCCAGAGCUAUGCACUGUGCGGAAGGACCUGCAUCAGAACUGUCCCCACUGCCAGGUGAUGUACUGCAGUGCAGAGUGUCGGCAGGCAGCUGCUGAGCAGUACCACCAGGUCCUGUGUGCAGGGCCAUCCCAGGACGACCCCCUGCAUCCUCUCAAUAAGCUGCAGGAGGCAUGGAGGAGUGUUCACUAUCCCCCUGAGACUGCAAGCAUCAUGCUGAUGGCCCGGAUGGUGGCCACGGUGAAGCAGGCUAAGGAUAAGGAUCGUUGGAUCAGGCUCUUUUCCCAGUUCUGUAACAAAACGGCCAAUGAGGAGGAGGAAAUUGUCCACAAACUCCUGGGGGACAAAUUCAAGGGCCAGCUGGAUCUUCUGCGGAGACUCUUCACAGAGGCCCUGUAUGAGGAAGCACUCAGCCAGUGGUUCACUCCAGAUGGAUUCCGGUCUCUCUUUGCUCUUGUUGGGACCAAUGGCCAAGGAAUCGGGACCAGCUCCCUGAGCCAGUGGGUCCAUGCCUGUGAUGCUCUGGAGCUGAAGCCUCAGGACCGCGAGCAGCUGGAUGCCUUCAUUGACCAACUGUACAAGGACAUCGAGGCAGCAACUGGCGAGUUUCUUAACUGUGAAGGAUCUGGCCUCUUUGUGCUUCAGAGCUGCUGCAACCACAGCUGUGUUCCCAAUGCAGAGACCUCCUUCCCAGAAAACAACUUCCUUUUGCAUGUCACUGCCCUGGAGGAUAUUAAGCCAGGAGAGGAAAUCUGUAUCAGCUACUUAGACUGCUGCCAGCGGGAGCGUAGCCGCCACAGCCGCCACAAGAUCCUCAGGGAGAACUAUCUGUUUGUUUGUUCCUGCCCCAAAUGCUUGGCAGAGGCUGAUGACCCCAAUGUGACCUCGGAGGAAGAGGAAGAAGACGAGGAAGAGGAAGGAGAGCCAGAAGACGCAGAGCUGGGGGAUGAGAUGACUGAUGUGUGAUACUGCCCUGCCCAGAAGGGGCCCUACCCCAGUCCCUGCCAGAAAAGGGGGCCCUUCCUCCAGAGAGGAGGUUUGGAAGGAAGUCCCCACCCUUGUUGCCUGCUUUUCCCCCAUUCUAGCUCUGUCUCUGCCAGAUGGUAGGAUAGAGAAUGGACCCUAGGCCCUCCACCUCCCACCAGACCUCAUGCCCUGGACACUGCUGCUGAGUUGGCUCAGGCUCUGCACUGUCACUGAGCCCUUCAGAAUUGGCCUUCCCUUGAGGCACUCCACUCUAGGGUGUGAGAGGCUGGAUCCAAGGUCAAGGCCUAACAGUAUUUCUUCCCCUUGGCUCACAGCCUACCCUCACCCAUCCACCUGAGGCUUCUCCCCUCUCAACCUGCUGUUCUGUUUUGAGGGGGGUAACAAAGUAGCACAGCCUUGAAACCCUACGGAGCAGUUCUACCCUGCAUACGUGGGGUCGCCCUAAGUUGGAAUCAACUGGAUGGCAACUAACACCACCAGGAACUGGCAAAUCUGAGAACAGCCUGAUUUCAUUGAAGCAGAAAUGGGAAGGAGGUGAGGCUCCCUCCCCUUCUUCCCACCUGCCACAGUUGGAGGUGAUAAGGCAACUGCUGUCAGAGGGAGAGAGGAGGAGCUGGGCCUCUGGAGCACCUUCCCUAAGGCUCUCUGACAGGGGAUAUUGCAUCAGGAAGAGGAGAUUACUUCCCUCUUUGCCUCACUCCCGGCAUUUGGACAUCUGGGAUAGUGGAGAUGGCCCCUUCCCCAGAUGCCAGAAUCUCUGUACUUGUGCCUUGCUCUCAGGCCCUGGCACAAUGGCUGGCCCCAUGGGGUACAGAAGAUGCCUGGCCUUCCUCAGAUGAGGAAUGUGAGGAUCAUCACCCCUUCCUGCUGAGGACUUUAGCAGCAUGGCCGAGACCUAGGGAUGACAGGCCUGUGCUCCAUAAUUUAGGAUGUUCUAAAGUCUUCAAAAAUAAAAAAGUCUUCCCUAGGUCAGUGAGAGGCUCUCCUGGCCUCAGUCUUCAUCUUCAGGGUUUCCAGAGGGGAACACUGAAGUCUUCCAGAAACCUAGAAAAGCUGGACUAGAAACUCUGAGAUUAAUCCUGACUGUACCCCCUUCUCACUCCUCAUUUACCACUACCCAUUGCUUUCUAGUUGGGUGCUGUGGCAAUUACAACUCAUCACUCCCAAUUCCUUCUUAUCUACCUUCCCUGAGGGGCCUGCCACAUCCCUCUGCUGAGGGAUCGCAGGAGGGUGGGUGCCCACUACAGGCCUUUUGCUGGAUUAUGGAGCCAGGUGAAACCUGCUUGUUUGGCCCCCUCACUUAUUGGGUUCUUCACAGCAGCCAACACCCUCUCCCAUGCCCACCUACCCACUGUUCUCAAUAAAACGUGAGUGGUGACAGGCC